UAACAUAUAACGCACAAAUAAAAAACAAUAAAAAAAAAUUUAAGCUACUUGAGCACCUGUUCGUCAUUUCCAUUGGAAGAUUUUUCAAAACCUGAUUUGUUUUCAUAUUUUUUAUUUUAAAAAAACUAUGGCAGCACCUCCGAACCAACAGCCCCCGUACCCUAACCCACAGCCAUACUAUGGCCAACAGCCCCCUCAAGGGAUGUAUGGACAACCCCAACCACCGCCCCCCGCAUACGCGCCACCGCCUACUGUCAUAGUGAAGCAUCAGCACUCGGUGUCUCUGGGCAAAUAUCCAGUCACUAUGCAGUGUGUCCACUGCCAGUCUACAAUAACAACAAGAGUAAACCACACUAUAGGUUGUGGCGCUUGGGUUGUUUGUCUUGCAGUUUGCUUCUUCAUUGGGCCAUGGGGGUGUUGUCUCAUCCCUUUCUGCGUUGACGGCUGCAAAGACACCUCCCACUAUUGCCCCAACUGCAAUGCAUGCCUAGGAUCCAAGUCCAUGAUGUGAAAAGAAUAUAAUAUGGAGGAAAAAACUGAAAAUUUCAUGCAUAGAAAACUUCAUGUUGAGAGGUGUGAAAAUCCAGAUUGAAAAAAAAAACAGAUACGCACCGCUAAAUAUGGCGUUCACAAUUUCUGACUGGAAUAAG